CAUUGUGAUUGAUACAAGCAGUUUUGCAAGGAAAAAAUCGGGGCGAAUUAAUAUAAAUUUAUAAAUUCGAGUAGGGUGAAAAGAUUGUUAGAAUAUCUGCUUACGUUAGAGACCUAUAACUCUUCGUCAUUUACUACGGCCUUUAUUAGUAAUGUCUUCCAGUGCCGGCAUCAGUGACGCUUUGUCCACUCAGAAUUUGGAGCUUCCUCCAUUACGAAGUUUGGAUGACUUUGUAUUGGGUUCUGCUCGAUUUCAGUUACCAAAUAUAAAAGAUUUGGAGAAAUGGGGCAAUCGUGUAGUAAAAAAUUUGCUAUAUUAUCAAACCAACUAUUUUCUUUUGUUUCUGGGAAUUUAUGGCGUAAUGAUAAUAGUAAAUCCAAUAAAAAUAAUUUGGGGUCUGAUUGUAGAAGCAAUGAUAAUUGCUGUGGUGGUGCGGUUCUUUUUGAAGAGGACUGACUUAAAAUUUAAAUUUAUUGUCAGCUGGUCCACUGCUACAGAGGAGAAUCCGCAGCAAAAAUGGUACUUUUUGGCGAGCGUCCUGUUAUGUGGCUACCUUCUUCUGUAUUGGUUAAAUGCUAUUUUAUUAUCAAGUUUUGCGUUGCUUCUUCCUAUAUCAUUGACGUUUGUACAUGCUUCUUUGCGGUUGAGGAAUAUUAAAAACAAAGUGGUCAAUACAAUGGAAAGUUUCAAUCCUUCAACGCCAAUGGGAGUAUUUUUAGACGUACUAAAUAUCACAAUGGAUAAUUAAAUGCCAUAGACCCAACUACUAAAAACAUGCUGUAUAUAAAUAUAAUAAAUUGUUUUUACCUGUGAAAACGGUAUUUUUUGCAUAGAUGUGCCCGUAAAAUAAAAUUAAAAAAGUAAAUUAUAUAUUUUAAAGUAAACUUAAUAAAAAUAAAAUAUGGCUGUUCCUAACGUCUCUUAAAA